AAAGUCCUGUGAAUGUGGUGCACAAGAAGACUGCAAUGCGUAACCAACGUGUUCAAUAAUUCUCCUUCAUAACGCCGGUCGCAGCCACCUGGGGUUCUCCACACGCAGCGGAACCCAAAUUCCAACACCUGGUGUCCGAUAUCAAACCCUCUCUCACAUCACUUUCUCUCUCUAGAAUAUACAACAGUACCUAUAUAUAACACCAGAAAUUGAAAGGGCUAUGGGAUCGGUAUUCAGUUCGAGGGCCAUAACCAAAGAAGAACUAGAAAUGGCUCUGUCCAAGGCUAAAGAGAUCGUCUCCUCCAACCCUGUAGUCGUCUUUAGCAAAACUUAUUGUGGAUUUUGCAAGAAGGUCAAGCAAUUGCUGUCACAGUUGGGUGCAAAUUACAAGGUCAUCGAAUUGGAUGUGGAAAGUGAUGGAAGUGAAAUUCAAUCGGCUUUAGCUGAAUGGACCGGGCAGAGCACCGUACCAAAUGUGUUUAUCUGUGGGAAACACAUCGGUGGUUGUGACAGUGUCAUGGCAAAGCAUCAAGGAGGAAAGCUCGUACCGUUGCUCGCAGAAGCUGGUGCUAUAGGAAACAACUCCCAGGUUGUAAAAUGAGGUGGAUGAGUUUGUGUGAAAACAAACGUGAACCAAGAACUAAAAAUGUAGUAUGUUGUGUAAUAAGUGCUUGUAACAUAUGUUGUUAAACCUGGCUUUGUUAAAAAUUUCCCAUAAAUUAUACCAUUUUCUAUUGUCGCUGCUC